CUUCCCUGCCUCGUACGAUACGAACGCGUGUGCACCGAUCUGCGUGACUUUCCUCGGACCUAUUUGGACCAGUUAUCCAUCUGUCUCACGGCCUUGAUACGUCAGAAGAAAGCGGCUCGUGCUUACGGCUCGGCAAACUUUAAGCGGCAGAUCAGUGCGCAAUACCAUCGGGUGAUUCAUCAGCUUAAACCAUCGCUGGGCAAGAAGGACUAUAAUCAUGCGGUUCAAGAAGCUCGCGAACGAUUGCGCAAUCCCGACGGAUAUUUAGAUUUCUGGCAUCUGCUUCAUUCUCCAACUUACGCGCAAUGA